CCAUGUCAGCCAUGUCAGGUGACCUGAAAAUCCCUAGUCUCAUGUAAAAUAACGGUGUAACACGCGUUCCCACGAUUUUACCUCAAUCAAUCAAAUCAUCAGGAAUAUCAUCAAUUAGACCUCAUAUAUCGCCUAUUCAGUACGUAUUAGUUGUGUGACAGAUGUUUCCGAUCGUUAACACCGGAUAUACCGGCGGUUCGGCGCCGAGAUUUGGAUGUGCGGAAUUAUGGCCGAAGAAAACCGCAGCAAACGUCAUUGUUCCGAAUUUAAAGCUUCUUUCUCCAAAUCAAUCCAACGCCAAACCUCGACUCUUUUUAGAUUCUUUUAAGAUUCUUCUUAAACUCUUCUUCGCCCUCGAAAUAAACUCCAAGAAUAAAAUGAAAGAGUAUAUAAGUGUUGUUACAUGUUACCGCGGUUGAGUUAGGAAUAUUACCAACAAAUACUCCGUACUAAUGCGAUCCUCUUUACUACCUCGAAGACCGCUGCGGCGUGUUUGCGACGUCUGCAGACAGCAGCAGAGCCUCCAUCCAACUUCAGCAACGAUUAACAACGCCGCUCCCGUCAGGCCCAUCAUAUUAAACAGAAGUCUCUCUUCUCGCCAACUCAUCACCAUAAGACCAGCCCCAUGCAGAACACACAUUAGCAACAGCAACGGCAAUAGCCUAAGUCUUCAGACAAGACGGCACUUAUCAAGCAGCGCGGCAUCCUCACCCCGCGAACAAGAAGCAGCACCAGCAGAGCAAGAAACUCCCAAGCCGACUAGCACGGAACAAGAAGACGGAAAGAAGCCAACAUCGCACUACGACCUCUUCCCGCAGACCCUGCCCCAGGGCCCCCCGCCAAAAGGCCGCUUCGCAAUCGACGUGCGCGCGCUCCGCCGCGAAUUCCUCGCCCUGCAAGCGACCGCGCACCCGGACCUCGCCCGCGGCGGCGCAUCAUCCAAGCGGCGGGCGGAAGCGGCGUCGGCAUACAUCAACGAGGCGUACCGCACGCUGGCGGAGCCGCUCGCGCGGGCGCAAUACCUGCUGCGGCAGCGGUGGGGCAUCGACGCGGCGGGCGAGGACGCGGGGCGGGUCGAGGACGCGGAGCUGCUGAUGCUGGUGCUGGAGACGCGGGAGGCGAUCGAGGAGGCCGGGUGCGAGGAGGAGCUGGAGGCGCUGCGGGCGGAGAACGAGGCGAGGAUACGGGAGAGCGAGGAUAGGCUCGCUCGGGCGUUCGAGGGGGACGACGGGGAGGCGGCGAGGAGGGAGGUUACGCGGCUGAGGUAUUGGGUUAAUAUUAGGGAGGCGGUGAGGGAUUGGGAGGAGGGGAAGCCGGUUGUGCUGCAGCAUUGAUGUGUCUACCUAGGUGACUGUUUACAGAAAUUACUGAUAGACCUGGCCGGA